GAAUUCGAAUAUUACUCAUCACUUGCAUUUCGCGCCGCUUACGCGCAUUGAAACAGACAGAAUAAGGCAGUCCUUUUUGUUGCAUCUUGCGACACCUAACGUCCCAAUUUUAUUUAUGUGAUAUGUUUUUUCAAGAUAAUUUAAUACUCUACUCUGUUAUGGAGAACGAGCGUGAGAGAAGGAUGCAAAAAGAAAGUGAAGAACCCAAAAAAUUGAAACCUUGUUGUGCCUGCCCAGAAACUAGAAAAGUUCGUGAUGCCUGUAUUGCCGAGAAAGGUGUUGAAGCUUGCUCUAUAGAAGUAGAAGCACAUAAAGAAUGCAUGAAGAAGAUGGGCUUUAAUGUGUGAUAAUUAAGAAGAAAGUAAUUAAAAGAAUUAAUUUAUUGUACAGUCAUCUAAUUUAUUACACACUGUUGGAACAUCCUGUACAUUCAUUUUAAUUAUUAAAAAAUAAUUUUUUGAA